AUGACUGAUCCCCCGGACACGUCUCACGAUCAACCUCACCUCUCUUCGGCUUCCACCGUUACCCUUUUGAACCCGGCCGAUAUCGCAGCAGCACCUCGAUGUUCUUUAGAAGAGCACGCUCGGCAUCGCGCCAUCAUCUCCGGUUUCCGUCCAUCCCCCGAGAACAACCGGCAGAUUGCGACCUUAUUCGCAGCAUUUGUCAACAAUCCAAGUACCUAUCGAGAGAUUAAAGCCGUGUGCCGCACUAUCUACACCUUGAUCACCUUCGACUUCGCUCGUAUACUCAGUCGUUUAGAAAAUCCGUUGAUUCGCCUGACCGACCUCUCGGAUAUUCCAUCGUUUACCCUGAAGCUGUUCAGUGAGAUAUUGGAGUCCCUAAAGACUGUUGAAAGCGACUUCCGGACUGCAUUGUACGAUCUAGAGGAUCUAGAACUUUCUCACCAGGUCCCCUCCGCCACUGCUCAACUUUAUGUGAAUUCUUUGUCGUGUUCUUUGGUUAGUGAGAUGCUCGGUUAUUGGAUUGAGAGUUCCAUGGACGCUAUCCAACGAUGUCAAGAAGCAUGUGCUCGGGUUGAAUUGCAGAAUAGUCAGUCCAGAUCUAGUGUUCUCGCUUCUCCUCAAUUAGGUAACUUGAAUCCGGUAUCCUCGUCUCCAGUGUCCCCUCGAUCCACUUUCCUCGAUCUCCAUAAGAUUCGGAUUAACAAAUUUUCUGGUAAACCGGAGGAAUUUUCCCAGUUUUUCGGCGUUUUGACGAAUGCCUUGGAUAGUAAUCCUCACUACUCGGAAAUGAGCAAGAUAACCUUCGUUCUCUCCCUUCUGGCCGGCGAGCCUCUUGAGAUGAUUCAGGCGAUUCCGAUCGUUGAAGGAAGUCUGCGCCUUAUUCUGAACGCUCUUCAGAGACGCUAUGGAGACAAACGAGCUCAUUAUCAACGUCUCCUAAAGGAAUUGAAAGACAAGAAGUACUCUGUUCCUCGUACUCAAGCUGAAUUGAAGGACUGGUACUAUCGACUCAUGAUCAUGCGUGAUUCUCUCGUUUCCUCGCCUUCUCUCUCGAAUGUCCACUCUCCAGGUCUCUUGUCAGAGAAUGAGUUGUUCAUUUCCCAUAUCCUGGAGUCACUCCCUGAAGACAUACAUCGAUCUAUUGAGCUGCAUUUUGAGCAUUCGGCUAUUGUGCCUACUGUAGAUGACAUCCUAUCCUACCUCGACAGUAUUAUCCGUUCGCGUGAAAGGUUCUCAUUGAGUCGGGACAAGGAUUCUCACUUUCGCUCGCCACCGUUCUCCAAUACUUCGAAUUUUCAUCGAGAGAUUUGUGCAUUUUGUGAUCGAAGCCAUCGUUCAAAGGAUUGCCGGACAGUAUCAGAUAAUUCCAGGAGGCAACAGGUGAUUCGUGAGAAGAAUUUAUGUGCUCGUUGUCUUUGUCGAGGUCAUGUGUCCUCUCAUUGUCAUUCUCCAAUGUGUAAUCAGUGCCAAGGUGAUCAUCAUAUUUCGAUUUGUUCUCAGACUUCUCCCUCUUCGAACUUUAAUCAACUCCAGCGGUCUUUCUUUGGUCAGUCGAACCACUCGUCUCCUCUGUUAUCCUCGACAUUCCCGGAAAAUCUUGAGAUUCCUCGGGUUUCCAGUUGUCCCCCAUCCGAUCCUCCGGCGCUUCAGCCAACUUAUGGACCAUCAGUUCAGAUGAGAACGGUUUCCUUGCCCCAAAAUGACGAGGUUAUGUCCCCAAUGGUGACAGUGAGCGGAUUUCAUGAUCCCGUGAAAGCCUUUAUCGAUACGGGCUCUCAGGUUUCCUUUGUUGACCUUGGAUUCUGUCGUUCUCUCCAAUUGCCUCUCGAUUCUCCGAUUAUCCGCACAGUGAUUCCUGUUGGUGGAAAUGUCCAAUCGAUCCAAACAUUCAAGACAUCGGUGUCUAUUGUUCCAAAAUCUGGUCCACCUGUUGCAUUCCGUGUUCUCGCAAUUGAAAAUCUCCACGAGUUUUUCAUGGGCCAACCGGCUGAUUCUGGUCAAGUGCAGAUUCGUGUUGUUCUCGGGCAAGAUUGCCUCGCAAAAUUGGACAUACAGUGUUCGAACCACGUUACUCCAGAUGGACUUCGGGUCAUGACUUGUCGCUUUGGUGAUUUUCUUGUCUCGGAAAACUCGGACGAUUUGUGUUCAGACUCCCCACUCGAUUUUUGCCGGAUUCGAAAAUCCACAUUUUUUGCGAAUAGAAAGAAGAAGAAAUCUGUUGCUCCAAAAAUUAUUUCUUCGACGGGAAAGGUUGCGGUCAAUCCUUGUGUGAAGCCGGAUAGUCUUCAGUUCGACAGGUCAUCGGGUCCUAUUGUGAACUCCCUGCCGUUUUCCGCUCAUUUUGAACCCGCCAUGGAGGUUGGGCAUGUAUUGCCGUGUGGCAAUAAUCUAUUACAGCAGCCUACUCGAGAUCCAAACCUCGAAUUCAUCUCGAUUUCCCUCCCCAGCCCGUCUACGAUGAUCCCUCGUAACCUGCCACGAAGUGAUUUGCCUAUGAAUCGGCGAAUCAAAUGCAAGUACAAACCAAAGGAACACGAACUUUCCCUCGAUUAUGAACCAACCAAGAGCCCCAAAGUUCCCUGGAAGUGCCCUGCGAAGUUCAACUGGUACCUGCCCCAUGCCAACCCGACCCAGAAGGAAGAGCCGGACAUGUUGUGGAGCGUCAAACGUCUCCACAAUUCCCACAGAAAUUAG